UCAGACUGGGGUCCCUGGAGCGCAUGCUCUGUAACAUGUGGCAUCGGAGUGAGAUAUCGCACGACCGAGUGUGAUUCUGGUAAUCCACUACCGGGAGAAAAGCAAACUAAAGUAGAAGAAAGUUGUACAGUUAAGCCUUCUUGCCCGCAAGGUAUCACGGAUGUCAUAUACAUACUGCUCGGUCUCACAAACUAAUAGUGUUAAUUUCGAUUGAGUGUAAUAAAUCCAAAAGCAAAGUAUUCACUAGGGCAAACCAGACAAAAUUGAAUAUACCACAAAGACGCGAUGAGAACUCAAAGUGUGACAAACAAAAAUGCCUGAAGCACGGAAAAACAAGGUUGGUUUUAGAUUUGAAUCCGAUUGGUCGAGAAAGUUGGAGGAGUUUUCUGGAGCAAUCAGAAGGCAAGGUUAAGCAAAAUCAGAGCGAUACUGGAUUAAUUUCGACACUCAAUAGGAGAUUGCUUUAAGUAUUAGAUGAGGAUACCUUGGUUAUAAUCGACAAAAAAAGGGGCGUACAAAAAUUGUAUAAAGUGCACUGCCCUUGAGGCGGUUCUUCACCCACUCUUUGAUACAUCAUGGCUUCUGCACUCUUGUUUUCGAGUAUUUCUUGGGAGGUUUUGACACUUUUACCACAGCAAAACUACAGCCUAUUAGAAACACUAAGGCUAAUAAUUAUGAAUUAGUAUUAACCAUAUUGUAUAUUCAAUAACCAGUGUUUUGUCACCCUGGCAACCCCUGAGGGAAAGGGAUGGCCCAUUGUAAAAGUUUUUUUUUUUCAUUGUUUGGUAAAGAGAGCAGGGCUUUAAAAAGAAACCCUAAAUGCCAUUUACAGUGUAUAUAAUAACAUGGAAAACAAAAGCUAUUUUAAUGAUUUUAACCUGAUUGUUAACAGAGCAUCAGCACUUUCCUCCCCUUUGUCCCUUUCUAAGUAUCAAGAAAUCCCAUGGUAGCAAAUUGGAUAAUAAGUGUCUCAGCAUGAAAUGUUGCAGCAAUUCUUCUCCUGCAACUCAGUUGAGGUGGCUCUGGAUGAUUUCAUUAUUUUAAAACAUCAAUUCUCUAGUGGAUUAUUUUUUUUUUUGCAUGUUUCCUUAUAAAUGAUGGCAAAAAAUUGCUUAUUUAAUUUCUUUUCAUGUUACAAUCAUUUUUCUGACAUUCAAUUCAAUGCUGCCUUAAAUAACCAAAAAUAUAAAGUGGCCCUGAACUUUAUCUAAACUUUGCAGGGAGAUUAUCCAAACAGUAAACAGACUUAGUAAUUGAACUAAAUUAUAAAUCCCCUCAACAUCCAUAUAAUAGUAAAGUGAAAAGGGCCUCUAAAGAAAUUACAGCAAUCAAACAAACCCCACGCCUUUAAAGUGGAGGUGAAAAUAAAUUAAGUAGAACACUUGCUACUGCUUAACCUAUAUUUUUGUAUAGUAAAGCAUUCAUAAAUUGAAAAAAAAUAUUUUACUGUGGGAAAAAAAAAUUAAACGCUUUAACUCUGAAGAUCUCUUCAAAAAUUCUUCUUACUAUCUGCCAAACAAUUCUCAUUAUGUCAGUUUGGAGAAUUUGGAUCAUUUAGUAAUCUUAUAAUUGAUAUUUUUCCUUAUUCGCAUCACUUGUCUGCAUAAUUUCAUAUUGAUAUUGUAAGGAGAAAUUCUGUCUUGGUCACUCAUGGGAGUUAGAGGGUUAAGGAGCUACCUGCCUCUCACUUUAUACCUUUCCAUUGUAGGUAUUAGGUAUAAUUUGAAGAAUUUUAUCUUCUAUUAUUUUCACAGGCACCACAAGUGGGUCCCUUCUUUUGUCAGGAUACUUCAAUGCUGCUAUGCAAGGCCAUAUGAUCAAGUCUGCAGUUGUGUAUAGCAUAGCAGAAUGUGGAUUGAUGUGUUUACAAGACUCAAACUGCAAGUCCUUUAACACUUGUUCUAGGAAAAGUGAACUCCUCUGCGAGUUAAAUAACGCUACUUAUGAUGAAUAUGGAGAAGAUGUUCUUUCAAAAUUUAAUUGUUCAUAUCACAGUGCUUUAAAAUGA